AUGCUUACAUGCCGAGGGAAAAAAUUUUCCAUUCCUUAUGGGGAAUCAUAUCACCCAAAAAUGUCUACUUCCCAAUCAUUCGGGAGCAUUCCAAGAGAAGAGCGUAGCUACAAGUCCAUAUAUGAUGGCAUAGACCUAUUGAGAAUGCACCAUAUAGUUGCAGAUGGCAUUCAUCCACCCGAAGAGAAAUUAAAAAAGAAACAAACAAUCCAAGAAGAACAAGGGAAAGACUUCUUUGAAUCCAUUUUAUAUAAGGUAGAUAGCUAUGAUCGCCAUUAUUUGCAUGGAUCGCACCCGAAUGUUUCUGAAAAUGUCUUUGAAUUGAUUAUGGACAGGUUAGAAAAAGAAUGGUUCUUUUUUGUACAAGGAUUGGUAACAAGGUAUGUCAAGCCACUGAGACCCUCGUCUUUCUGUGAUAUCUGCACAAAGUACACAUCUGAGAAUGAUAAGGCUCUUGUAGUGUGCCAAGGAUGCGAGAUAUGUGUGCAUGAAAAUUGCUAUGGAAUCCAGGAUUUAAGUGACUUCUGGCUCUGUAGAAGAUGUAUAUACAGAGAAGAUUCAAAGGAAUGCUCGUUUUGUAUCUCCACCAAUGGUGUCUUCAAACAGACAUCGGACAACAAGUGGGGGCAUGUUUUGUGUGUUAUGUUUAACAGGUCCCUUUCAUUUGGACACCCAUUGUCAAAGGAGCCCAUUGAUGUUGGCUCAUACACAAAAGAGUCUGGAUGUUUAUUCUGUGAUGAAGUUAGAGGAACUGUGAUAUGUUGUUCUUAUUUUGCAUGUUCUAAGAAGUACCAUGUCCCAUGUGCUCUGGAUAAAUGUUACUUUGAUCUGAGUAAUAGGUUAUCCUACUGUAUUGUUCAUAGUCCUUUAAAAGAAAAUACAUGUGAGUUAGGACACAGAAAGAUAAGCGCAAUGAAAAGGUUUGGGUAUGAAAAGCUCUCCCAUCCACCUAUUAUUAGAAAGAAGGUUCCUAUGGCAUGUCCUAAACCUACACUAUUUUCAAAGCUCUCCAACUUACAGCCAAUAGCUACACCAUCCAUUAUUUGGAGGAUAAAGACAUAUGAUCUAAAGGGAAAGUACGGUAAGGACAUGCUAAAAAUAUUAAAAUAUUGGGAGCUAAAGAGGAGAACGGUUGGGGAACCUUUAGUUGUUCAUCCUGACAUCUUGCCUGGAAGAUGGGCAGAAGAAUCUUGGAUAAAUAAAAGAAAAGAAUAA